CAGGCCGAGCCCAUGGCGUCCCCGGGCCCCCGCCGCCCCCUGGGCCUCCUGCUCCGGCUGCUGCUCCCGCUGCUGCUCCUGGCGUCCCGGCUGCGCGUCGCGGGUGGGCAGGACCCGGCCACGGGACCCUCGGCCCCUGCCAGCCCCUCGGGGGGGCUCCCCGCGGACCCAGGGACGACCCCCGGGACCCUCACCGCGACCCCCGGGACCCUCACCGCGACCCCCGGGACCCUCACCGCGACCCCCGGGACCCUCACCGCGACCCCCGGGACCCUCACCGCGACCCCUCGUUCCUCGCGAGCUCCCGGCUCCAGCGGGCCUGCGAUCGACCCCAAUUUAUUGGCAUUUAGUCCAGACUGUGGCCGCGUGUUUGAGAAGAUCCUGGGCGGACAGGAUGCCAAGGAGGGGAAGUGGCCCUGGCAGGUGAGCCUGAGGAUCCGAAACAGGCACGUGUGUGGAGGCACCCUCAUCACGCAGAACUGGGUGCUGUCAGCGGCCCACUGCAUUCUAAGCCGCUCCUACUACAGCGUCAAGAUCGGAGGCCUGAGUGUUUACGAGGAGGCCACGAGCCUGGUGAUCCCCAUCCGAAGGGUCAUCGUCCACCCCAAGUUCUCGAUGAUGGGAAUCAUUCAGCAUGACCUGGCACUGCUGCAGCUUGUCCGGAGCGUCAACUUCACGGCCAGCACCCACCCCGUGUGCAUCCCCAUGGAGGCCCUGCGGGUGGAAGCCGGCACCCAGUGCUGGGUGACCGGGUGGGGCCGGAGAGAAGAAUCUGGCGACUCCCUGGUCUCGCCCGUUCUCCAGGAAGUCGAUCAGUAUAUAAUCUACUACGAGCGAUGCAACCGCAUGAUACAACAGGCCUUGUUCACCGAGCGCAACAAAGUGGUGAAGGGGAUGGUCUGUGGCUACAAGGAGGAAGGCAAGGAUGCCUGCAAGGGAGACUCCGGGGGUCCUCUGCUCUGUGAGCUGAAUCUCACCUGGGUCCAGGUGGGGAUUGUGAGCUGGGGAGUCGGCUGUGGCCGCAGAGAGGUGCCGGGCGUCUACACUGACGUUGCCCUCUACAGUAAGUGGCUGGUGGAUGUGGUGAACCAGGCGAUUUCCCUGUAUCCCGGGGGGCUUCUCCUCCUGCCUCUGUGUCUGGCACUGCCCCUGGGCACCCUGCUGAGCCUGUGACCACCGGGCCCCCUCCCCUGCUGUGCAGAGUCCCCACCAGGCCACUCCUCUCACCCCUGCCCUCUCCCCAACCCUCUCCUCACAGUCCUCAAACUCCCAUUGGAACCCCUGACAGCCACACAGUGGAGACUGGAGGCCCCAGGGUCCCAGCCUGGGACUCGGAUGCCCUGCCCUGCCCUGCCCUGCCCUGCCUUGACCUGCCAUGCCCUGCCCUGCCCUGCCCUGCCCUAUCCUGCCCUGCCUUGUCCUGCCCUGCCCUGCCCUGCCCUGCCUUGUCCUGCCUUGUCCUGCCCUGCCCUGCCCUGCCUGUCCACCCCUUAGCUGUGCUCUGCCUGCCAGGAAGGAGGAAGUGCCCCCCAGUGCCCCCUCCCCACCCUCCACACACAUCCCCGUGGGCCAGCUGACCCGCCCCAGGGAGCAGGCUGCUUCCCUGGCAUCUUGGGCACCAGGCCCGGCUGUGGUGUCUGGGCUCCAGCAGCAGGUCAGCUUGGGGGUGGUCAGAGGGCCGGGAGGCGUCUCCUGCCCCGGCUGGGGUGCGGGGCCCAGGGCCCCCAUCUCUGCUGCAGCCGCGUGGGACCGGGCCGGUGUACGGGUGGGAGUCCCAGCCUCUCCACGCCAGUCCUCUUCCUCGGUGCCCUCGCGGCCUCCCCUGUGCUCACCCCGAGUUGUGCUGAGGCGGUUGUGGGGCUUUCGGAUGCCGGCUGAAUAAACGUUUUGGAGAACC